AUGGCUGCGCCUACCGUUCAAGCCCGCUAUCCUCCUUCGAUCGACCGUCCGGGUACGCGGCGGGACGACGUAGUCAUUCCCUCCAUAUCGAUUGCUGAACCUUGCACGAGAGAGCAAUGGUUGAGCAUGAAGGAUCUACCACCCAUGAGCUCCUUACCUCGUGUCCUGGUACCGAACCCGAAGGCAGUCCUGCGGCCUCCGAUCAUGCACUACGGAUGGUAUGCCAAUGAAGAAGCUUUACUGAAGCACGCACGCCAUACUCGCGUAGGACUGACGUUACCCGGCACGGUCUCCAUGCUCGAGAUCUUCCUCCGGAUUGCCACCGGGCAACGCGUUGAAGACGUGCGGCACGAGGAUGACGACGACAGAUAUGACGAUCGCCCCCAGAACCUGAGCAAUUUGCAGAAAAUUGCGAUGAUGCAGCUCGCGCUGACCGAUAUUGUCCGCACCUUGGACCCGAGCUGGCCGCGCGGGGCGCUGAUGAUCAUGGACACGUUCACUUCUGACGAGCGAUUCGUCGUGUCUCUGUAUACUAACCACGCGCUGGAGAAAGCGCCCUCUCCAGAGCAGAUAGAAGCCCUGCGCGUGCGGCUGGGAGAGAGUGAGCCGCCGAAAUGGUACUUGGAUAGAACGGUCUGGGGAUGGGCUCCCGAAGGAUGGCCCAGGGGGCCAGCUUCGGGCCCUGCUGGUCCCUCAACUCUCCUUCCCAACAAUGCAAGUGAUAACACGAGUACCGAUUGA